GGUCGGUGACUUGCGGGUAGUUGUUUUGCCUCCGUUUUCCUGAUGUUCUUAUUUACGUUUUUCAUCUAGAUUCGGUCGGCUAUAUCUUGUUUAUAAACAUUUGCGGGCGUAAAAAACUUAGUGCCUUAUUUUUUGGAUUACGCUUAUUGAGUCACUGCCUCAUUUACUAAGAUUCGUACCAUAUCGUUAUUUGGCUUGCGUCAACCAUGUCUUACAAUUGCUGUUACGCUACCGCAAGUACCGCCCAUUCACGCAAUAAUAGCGCCAGCACCGCCCAUUGCUGUCGCCCUGCCCUCAGCUCGUUUCAGCUCCGUCUCUAACCAUGCUCAAAUCGCUGGAAGAUUACGUCUCUGAGAUGGAGCAGAGGGGUGACGCUAACGCGGGCCGAGAGGGGCGCGUAGAUGCCUCGCAGGUGGCUCCGCAGGACCUGUGGGCGCAGUUGCAACAGAAAGAGAAUGACUUGGUGCUUGCCGCUGAACUGGGGAAGGCGUUGUUGGAGAAGAACGAUGAACUCAAGAAGCAGCAGGAGCAGAUUGUGGAGGAGUACAGUAAGAAGUUGGAGGUGGUGGAAGAAACCUAUUAUCUAGUAAUCUAA